CGGACCAAAACCGUGACGCAGACGGACCCGGUGGAAUCUAGGGGUCAGGGACCCUCAGUGAGUCUGGAGACCCUAACCUUGACCUCUGACCCCCAGGUGCAGUUUGCCUCUCUGAUGGAGACCCUAACCUUGACCUCUGACCCCCAGGUGCAGUUUGCCUCUCUGAUGGAGACCCUAACCUUGACCUCUGACCCCCAGGUGCAGUUUGCCUCUCUGAUGGAGACCCUGGGGAGCGAGGCUUUGGGGAAGAUCUUGAACAUCGUGGAGGAGGCUGAGCUUCAAGGAGAGGAGAACAGAUCUGAGACCAGUUUCAUCCACAUCCUGAACCACGUGGAGAACGAACACUCGUACGGAGCCCGACUGCAGAGCAACGACUUCAACACUCAGAAGCAGCAGGAGGCGUUUGAGGGCCAGUCUCAGGGUCCGUUUGUUCCAGCGCUGACGCUGAAAGACGAUGGAGGCAUCGUUGACCUGGAGGUCAUCGCUGAGAGAGCUCAGCAGCUGAUCCACAGGGAGGAGGAAGUGUCUCAGAGCAGCCUGAAGUCUCAGCAGCUGAUCCACAGGGAGGAGGAAGUGUCUCAGAGCAGCCUGAAGUCUCAGCAGCUGAUCCACAGGGAGGAGGAAGUGUCUCAGAGCAGCCUGAAGUCUCAGCAGCUGAUCCACAGGGAGGAGGAAGUGUCUCAGAGCAGCCUGAAGUCUCAGCAGCUGAUCCACAGCAGAGAGAAACCCUUCAGCUGCAGCGUCUGUGGGAAAACCUUCAACAGGCAGACGCAGCUGAAUACGCACAGCAUCGUGCACACGGGCGAGAAGCCGCACACCUGCCAGGUGUGCUUACGGACCUUCAACAUGCUUCAGAACCUGCGGCGCCACAUGCAGACUCACGUGGAUCGGAAGCUCUUCGAGUGCUCUCUUUGUGGGAACGGCUUCACGCGGGCGUCGACUCUCAGAACCCACCAGCUGAUCCACGCCGGGCUGAAGCCUCUGAAGUGCCCCGUCUGCCCUGAAGCCUUCAGGAACGCCGUGAACCUGAAGAGCCACCAGACGAUCCACAGCGGGGAGAAGCCCUUCAGCUGUGAGCUCUGUGGGAAGAGCUUCAGGCAGGCGGUGAACCUGAAGAUCCACCUGAGAACCCACAGCGGGGAGAAACCGUUCGGCUGUGACCUGUGUGAGAAGACGUUCAGCCAGCAGAGCAGUCUGAUGCAGCACCAGAGGACUCACUCCUCCGAGAGGCCGUUCAGCUGCAGCUGCUGCGAGAAGACCUUCAACAACAACAACAGCCUGAAGCUUCACCUGAGGGUGCACAGCGGGGAGAAGCCCUACAGCUGCUCUGUCUGCAGGAAGGCCUUCAGCCAGGGCAGCCACCUGCGCACGCACCUGAGCCACGUGCACGCCGGGGGAAAGCAGUUCAUCUGCGACCGCUGCGGGAAGAGAUACUCCGACAAGCGAAACCUCACGCUGCACAAGUGCUGCUACGCAUGACACCGCUCUGAAGCUUCAGGAGACUCAAAGUGGACAUUUGUUGGGUCAGGAGGUCAGGAGGUCAGAAAUGAAGAAGGUCAGGAGGUGAGGAGGUCAGGAGGUCAGAAAUGAAGAACUGAAGAUCCUCGGACACAACCUGAGGGCGGAGGAGACUCUCUGCCAGUCCCAAAGUGAAACUGGAGGGUCCUGAUGUUCCUGAACCCGACAUGUUGAGACCCCAAAGGGUUCUGAUAGGGUCUCCAGCUCAGAGAGACUGCUGGUGGGACAUUUACACCGUUAGAGUAAGUUGGUUCUGUUUAUUAGCAGCUGCAGAUGGUUUGGAUGAAGUGUUUUUAGCGGUGUUGAGUUCAUGUCUGACCUUUUCAGGAUCAGAAAUGUCAGUGUUACCCAGAAAGUGGACAUAUCUGUACUCUGACUGAUGCUGAUGUGUUUUGGGUGCGUUUGGAAGAUUUAGGAGACUCUAAACUGCAUUGAUUGUGUCAAAUGUCAGAAAUGAAGAACAACCUGAGAGCGGAGUGAGACUAAAAGUCAGACCUGAUGUUAAUAAAGUUUCCUAAAGAUUGGA